AUUGUUGCCGUCGAGAUCGACUUCGAGGAAGCGUCGUUCGCGCUCGCGCUGAAUCUCGCAUUUCUCUCCCGAAGCUCUCCGGAAUCACGUCAUCGACGUGAAAUUCCUGGUAAACAAGCAGUCACGACGAGACGCAGGUGAUGUGUAAACAAAACCGAGGAGGACACGAGACGAAACUAACACUCGAUAUACGCUGGCGUUGCGUUUUAACUCCAGCGAGACAUCGCGCCAUCGACGUGUAACUUGUUACGAAAAUAACGCAACCUGUUAAUCACCGCGAAGGUACCAUCCUGCUCGCCAUGCCGUACUACAACAGCGGUCACAGUCCUGCUUACAACAAAGAUGGUGGCUCCAGCGGGCCGUCGAGUACUUCGGGCGGCCGUGGCAGCAGCACCGAGCCGACGUACAUGAUGGAGCACUUGGCCACCUUCACCGUCACGAAGGAAACCGGUAUUGUUUAUCCAGCGGACGGCAUGCGCCGACUCCUACAACUGGAGAAAAGCAAUGGCAUUUGGAGUCAAAAAAUGCAGCUCCGUCUCGAGCGAAACUGGGUUCUUAUCAUGGACAACGAGACGGGGGCUGUCAUGGAGAGAUUCCCGGCUGCGCUGAUACAGGAGCCCACGGCGUUCACGUCUAGAGAUCCGAUGGAGAUGUACAACAACAUUCUGGUGUUCACGGUCGCCGACGACAGCGGUUCCGGCCAGCGCGCGGAAAUGCACAUAUUCCAGUGCCAGAGCGUGUCGGCGCAGGAUCUCGUCGAGGAUCUGAAGAUGUUGCAGAUGGGAAAGCUCGUCACGAGCGGCUCGCCCAGAGGUCCUAGGGGUCACAUUCCGCCCCCGCCUGCUCUGCCGCCACCGGAACCACCUCUGAACGGCGUCAGAGAACAGGUGUCCGCCUUCAACGCAGCGAACGAUAAUCAGAAUGACAUGUCUCGAGAGGAGAACAACGACGAGGUAUCCUCGACGUCUUCGGAAAAAUACGAGCGAGACGUGACGAUUCUCAACCACUGCUUCGACGACAUCGAGAAGUUCAUCGCCCGUUUGCAACACGCGGCGGCCGCGUCUCGCGAGCUGGAGCGCCGGCGACGAAACCGAAAGUCGAAGAAAAGAAACUUAGGCGACGGCAUGCUGACGAUGAGAGCGAAGCCGCCACCCGAGAUGGAGUUUAUCGAUAUUUUCCAGAAAUUCAAACUGUCGUUCAACCUGCUGGCCAAACUCAAGGCGCACAUUCACGACCCGAACGCGCCGGAACUCGUGCACUUUCUCUUCACGCCGCUCGCGCUAAUCGUGGACGCGUCUCACGACACUAAUUACGAUCCGAAUCUACCGAGCAAAGUGGUGUCGCCGUUGUUGACGCGAGAAGCGGUCAACCUGCUGAUAAACUGCGUCACAAGCAAGGAGACCGAAUUGUGGCACUCGCUAGGCGACACGUGGCUGAUACCGCGCGAUCAGUGGAAAGGCCACGUGCCACCUUACCAUCCGAUCUUCAUGGACGGCUGGUCGCCGGAUUAUCCCAUCCCCGAGGACAGAGAUCACGAUCAUCUGGCGUCCUUGCUGAACGCGGACAAACAGAAGAGGGACGAGUUACCGGAACAGCAGAACGAUUCUUAUUACAACCAUCGCGAUGUGGACGACUCGCAUUACAGCAGCGAUUAUCUUGAAUACGAGAGCCGGGAGGAGCGUGGCGGUAACGAGUACUUUGACAGAAAUUACGGGCCUAGCUCGGAGUUGUACGCCAGAGAGGAAAGAGUAGAUCAAACCAGGGCGCACAGUGACAUCUCCGUCGAUUCGAUCGAAAGAGCUCCCAGGGCAGCCGCCGGCAUCGACAGAGCGCAGGAAGCUUGGCUGGAUGAACUGGUCGCGCGUCACGCCAAGAUCGUGCAGGUUACUUAUCCGCGAACGGCGAACAACGACAAAGAGCUCACGGUGGUCAGAGGCGAGUAUCUGGAGAUCCUGGACGACAGCAGAAAGUGGUGGAAGGCGAGAAACUCCCGAGGACAAGUGGCUCACGUGCCGCAUACCAUUGUCACGCCGCACAAUCCCGCUCAUUCCGCCGACAACGACGUCUUCAACAAUCCUCUGUACACCAGCAGGUAUCCGAGGCAGGGGCACGGCUACAAUUACGAGGACUCGGAAAUCGAGAGAACCAGCACUAGUCCGGGUCCGGAAGCCACUCAUCGGACGCACGCGAUUCCGCCGCCGGCGCCUGCCGAUUGGGUGAGAAAGGAAAGACUCGGGAAAAAAGAUGAUACUAGCGCGCACAACGGUAUAAGUAGCAGCAACAGAUCCAGCGCUUCCUCAAUUGAAAGUCUUUCUCAGUCAAACGGCAAACUCCAUACGCAAGAGAGCAUUGUGGAAGUACAUUCGCCACCUCGCAAUAUAAUAUUGGACCCGAUACCGGACAAGCCGGCUUUGCCGCCGCCGCCUCCGCCAUCAGUUACACUACCCGCGUCGGCAUCACCGCCGUCACCGAAGACGCCACCAGCACUGCCCGCGUCCAAAUCAGAAUCACCGAUAUUGCCUACGUCGAAAUCGACACCGGCGCUACCCGUACUAAAGUCAUCACCUCUUGCAACAAAGUCAGAACCGUCAUCGCCCGUACUGGCGUUAACUUCGUUUAUGUCUCCACCGCCGCCUCCGCCACCGCCACCGCCACCGACACCGGUAACAUCAGCCGCGCCUUCGCCCUCAGCUAAAACACUUACGACAUUCGUCAACAAAACAGAAACUGCCAAACCUAUUAAGCUGUUUAAUGGUAACUCUAAAGAGGAAGAAGUUCAAAAAGAGCUCAAGUUUGUCUUGACGAUGUUCCGCGAGAAAAAAGCGAACGCUCUUCCUUCUUCUCUCGUAAACGACAUGCACGAGGAAGUCUGGUUGAAUCAACACUCGUCUCCCCGUGACGUUCAAGCUUGGUUGGCGGCAAAAGGAUUUUCAGAAAAAGUUUGCAAACAAUUUGAAAAUACGAACGGCACAGAAUUGUUUAACACGUCGCGGCGACGAUUGGAACAAUUGUGCGGACUGUCCGAAGGAAGCAGACUCAACGGACAGUUGACUUUAGCAAAAAACGUGUGCGAGUACAAAACCGCACGAUCGUCGGAACUCAAGCAGAUCUUGGAAAAAGCGCGCCGACGUGCGGAGGAGUUGAACGAGAAAGAUGAGGUCAGACACUGAAUCAUACUGUUUUUCUACAUUCCUUACCUACUACUGUGCAAUAGAGAGUAAGGCAAAUAUUGAUGUAACUACGUGCACUUCAUCACGCAAAGACUCAAUUCCAGAGAAGAACAGAAAGUUAAGGUAAAAUAGAAUAAUAUGUUUUUUUUCAAAAAAAACUAUUACCGCGAAAAAAAUACAUAGUUUAUUUUAUUUUACCGUGUGAAUUAUUGUGAUAACUGUCCGCGACGAGUCAAAGCAAUACUGUACAUGCCAAAGAAUUUUAGAAAGCGAGCAUGCACAAAAAAGUUACCCGUGUUGUAUUUUUUUUGUGAAAAAUGCGAUUGCGCUAUUCAUUCCUAUGUUGUAUUUUAACAAAUUUACUCAUACAGAUAAGUUAUUCGUACUGCGCGAUUGUACGAGAGUUUGGACACUGAAAGCAUUCUACUUGAUAGAAAGUUAUCGUGUAUAUAUACAAUAUUGUAUACAUAUAUAAAUAUAUAUAUAGAAUAAAAAUAAACUUAAAUCGACAAACCAUAAUAUAAAACAUACUAAAGCACAGCGUAAUAAAAGACAUAUUUGUAUUACAUUUGUUAUAACGAAGAGAAAAUUAUAUAAAGAUAUUGAUAUUAGAAGAGUAAUUUGACACACGUGUGUUGAAUAUUUAUAAAAAGCGUAAUGUGUGCGAAAAGUCACUGUCUUAUAUAUUAUGUUAUAAAUCAAUUAUACUCGAGAUAAUAUAAAUUUGUACAUUUAAAUUGUAUAUUUGUUA